AUGGCACUUCCUUUUAAGGUGCUGAUCGUGGGUGGAGGGGUCGCAGGGCUGACCCUGGCAAUAAUGCUCGAGUUGUAUGGAUUUGAAUACGAAUUGCUUGAGAAGCAUCCAGACGUCGCCCCCAAACUGGGAGCAGGAGUGGGUUUAACUCCCAACGGGGCACGCAUACUAGACCAGAUCGGUGUUUGGGAUUCUAUGUGCGAGUAUGCGUCUCCCGUGAAUGCCGGCCUCGCGCUUUCUCCAAAGGGACAAACCGUCAUCUUCAAUCCGCACAUGGGAGAGUGGCUGGAGAAGCUCUUUGGUUACAAAAUCCACUUCCUGUCGCGUCACGACUGUCUCCGUAUUCUAUUUGACAAGAUCAAGCAGAAAUCCAACAUCCACCUACAGAAAGAAGUCACCAGGAUCAGUCUCGGCCAACUUGGAGAAAAGGCACGAGUAGAGACCAAAGACGGCUCAGUAUACACUGCAGAUCUAGUCAUUGGUGCAGACGGUGUUAGGAGUAGCGUGAGGAGUGAGGUUUGGCGUAUUGCCGAUAUGGAGAAGCCCGGCUAUAUCCCCGAACGGGACAAGACGGGCAUUGUGUCCCUGUACACGGCUGUGAUUGGCAUUGCCCACGACCCAGGGCUGGCCCGAGGCGGAUCUGCGCGAGUGUACAACCAUCUACGGUCCUACUUUUUCCAGGAGGGCAUCGAAGGCUCCGGGGAGUUCUACUGGUGGCUAUGUGCCAAGAACGAGAAGCCGAUCAAGGGCAUCGUGCCCAAGCUCUCCCCUGACACGAAGCAAGCUCUAUUGGACAAGUACGCAGACGAUCAGAUAGGUCACGGUCUGACUCUGGGAGGGCUGUACAAGAAAUCCGCCUAUUCGGCCGUUAUCCCAUUGCAGGAAUUCGUUCUGGAAAAGUGCUUCUACAAGAACAUUCUCCUCAUCGGGGACACCUUCCGGAAGCUGCACCCCGUAGCUGGCCAAGGAGCGAACUCGGCUGUGGAGGAGAGCGCUCUGGUGGCGGACAUGUUAUGGAAACUCCGAGAAAACGUCGCUCUACACGAUGCAGUCCGUGUCGACCAAGCAUUGACCGAGUUCCAGAAGCAGAGGUUUGUGAGGACGACAGCGUUGCGAGAGGACGCCAAUCUGGUGCAGCGGAUGGAGUCCCUGGACAACCCAAUCAUGAGAUUCUUGGCCCUGCACGUCAUCCCUCAACUUCCGUUCGUGGUGGCUUUCUUACCUCAGCUGGCUUCCUCCUUCACGCCAGCUCGCUGCAUGGAACAUCUACCGCCGCCCAAGGCAGGAAUGUGCCCAUUUUCAGAAGAUAUGCAGGUGAAGCCGAAUCCACGGUCCCCCUUGGCCACAAUUUCGUGGAUAGGCCUCUUGAUGCUCGCUGCGUGCUUUCCAUUGUCGGCUCACAGGUUCCUCCCAGCUUCGACCAGCAGCCUUCUCGGAUUCUCCGAAGUAUUCCAGCUGUACAUUUCUGUGAUGGCAGUAUCGAUUAGCGGACUUUGGGUUGUCGAGUCUUAUAAGGCGUCGUUGCUAGUGUCACCAAUGAGCAGGUACUUGCUAUUCUACCUGUUUUGA